AUGACGACGCCGAAUGACUGGUUGUUCGAGGACUGGAGAAAUAGGGAGCUGAGUCCAAGCGGUCGUGCAUAUAGUGACACCGCAGCUUCAAUACGUCAUCCUGACAUGACCGUCGAAUCAGCCCGAGCUAUGGCUGGAAUUAGGGAUGACAUUGCCAUUCCGUGUCCGAGGGCCUGCAACUACCGAUGCUCAAAAACACAUCACAGGAAGCCAUGUUUAUUCUUCUGCAACAAAUGUUGUCAGAAAUGUCUCUGUGUUCCCUCGGGAACAUAUGGGAACAAGGAAGAAUGUCCAUGCUACAACAACUGGAAAACUAAGGAAGGUCGGCCCAAGUGCCCAUGACAUGAAUUUGCCAAUCCAUUAAUAAAUCGGAUGCAUUUAGUGUAAAUCGUAGGAUGUUUUAGUCAUUUCACAUUAUGUUAUUAACUGAAAUGAUCAAAAUAGCUCA